UCUGAUUAUAAGGAAGUGAAAGACACUCUCUCAAGUGCAGCUCUGCCCUUAUUUGAAGCAUGUAAGCAAAUGUUUUAACAAAAAGCUGAAAUUUUAAAAUAAAAACAUUACCCCCUUUUCUUUGCAGGAAAGCCAGGAAGAUUACAAGACUCAACUGGUUUUAACAGAAAAGAAAUAGUGACCGGAAAAACAUAAGGAAGUGCUCAGCUCAAGAGACUUUAAGCCUGUUGGUGCAACUUCGGCGGAAGGGGCAAGAUGAAGCUAACCAGUGACGCCAACAUGGAAGAGAUCUCUCUGGAGGAUGAGGACAGAGACACCGUGGAAUACAAAGUUCUUAUGGCCUAUGCCCAGCGGCGUCUCUCUGUGAGUAAAUACAGGCAACUUCUGGAAAGGGAGGCGAAGACCUUGAAAGGAUCGUCUACAGAGAGAGGGGAAAGGGAAGGGAUCCCUCAAGCCAAUAAGGGUGAGACGCACCAAGAAUUGUCAGUCCAGGACAAAGGGCCCGCUGCCCAACGUAAAAAGCAAAGGAAGAAAAAGUUCAUGCAGAGAUGCCUGCUGCUUUUCUCCUGUGCCAGAGGAGAGAGGGAGAAGGGCCCACAGGAGCUAGCCACAAACCAAGACACUGUGAAUGGGUAUGGCUUAAAGUUGCAGAUGGCACUCCAGACCUCUUCUCCAGAGUCAGAAGGUGAGGCAGAGGGUUUCCUCCACGUUGCAGACAGUCUUGCUAAGAUAGUUAAUGCCAGGUCGCACUCAGCUCCCCGGGGAGUGGGUUUCAGAGCGCUAGAGCGCACUCCAAGUCUAGAGGCAGAUGGUGGACAGCUCAAAUUCCCUCAGCAAGAGGGAGGUGAAAAAGAUGAAGAAGAGAGGAUAAUAGAAACGAUAGUUGCAUUGUUAAGACAAUCUGGGGAUAAACUGGAAGAAACGAUAAAAAGGGACAGCACUUUCUAUCACUGCGUCACAAAGAUGCUCUCCUAUGCCUUCUUCAAGAAACUCACUGAUCAGUACCUGGAGGAAGUCCCAGAAGAUUCUACCAGGGAGACAGAAGGCAAAAUACAGUGCACCAAAGCUGCCUUUGUGAUGGAAGUUACAACCAGACUUACAGCCGUGGACAACCAUCCUAUGAACAUGGUCCUUGGGUUUGGAGUAAAAUACCUCAAAGAAAAUUUUAGCCCUUGGAUUCAGAACCAUGGUGGAUGGGAACAUGCCUUGGGAUUAUUGGACGAGGAAGAAGUAGAAUAAACUUGAGCAGAUUCACUCUCCAGGGCUUUUAAUAGCCUUGGACAGGCACACAUGCUGUAGCUUUACAACAAUCCAAUGCCAGAGUGAUUUUGAGAGGGGAGGGUAGAAGGGGAGAAUGCUGGGACUUGAAGGUCCCCAAGGGAAGGAAGUGUGAUCACUCUUCUUGAAGCCUUCUGUUAAGGUGGAAGUGUUAAUCAAUGUGUAGGAGAACAAGACUAGCUACUUUUCUCAGGGUGAGCAAACAUCUCAGUGGCCCUAGAGUGCCACCUUGUGCCUCAUGGCUAACAUGACUUCAGAUGCCUUUUUAAACCUUGUAAUGGAUGUAUCUUAAGGUUCAAAUACCACAGUGUGUAAUCCAUGCCAAGCAACUCCUGAAUGUAACUGAGCUACAGCUGCAAGGCCAGAUUUUCAUGUGCUCUGAACCCAGUGAUGGGGCCAGAUUUUCCCACAGAGCUCAGCGUGUUAAGUGCUGCAAAUGCUUUUCAGAAGCUGACCCUUAAUGCUAUCACCUUACCACUUACAAUCAGGUUAUGCUAGAGCUGUAUUUGGGCCUUGUGUGUGUUUCAGCCAAUCAGAGGCCAGUUUGUUAUGAAAUAAGGUGGAUUCUGACCAGGGGACACUGUAUUUAUUUUCCCUAGCUUGAAUCACAGACCACCGUUCAGCAAGGUCCAGCCAGUGCUGUUUUUAACAUGCUGCAAAUGGCGUAGCACUGCUGGAUCCACAUCCCUCUUCUGGUGUGGUGCUGCUAAUGUGUUAAUUGCUCACCAAGAAGGACAGAGAGACAAAGUUGGCUUGAAUGUAACAGUGAAAAUUAGCCAUCCAAAAAUAAGCAGCUGUUUUUUAUUUUGCUCAGUGUUAGUGGGCUGGGAUGAGAGGGAUUUUUCUCCAGCAGCAGGAGGGGUCAAUGCAGAACCUCAGUCAAGUGAGCUGUUUCUUAUUUAAACAGUCUUUCACUUUUCAUACAUGUCACAGUUUCUCUUUGAGUGCUACCUCCUUCUUCUACAGCAGAGCUCAGUCAUACCCCUUGGCCUGAGAUGAUGGCUUUGAUUUGCUGUAGGCUAGUGUGAAAACUUGUGCACCACUCUUGUAGUUGCAGUUAAUUGCAUUCACUGCAUCGCAGUCCAAAAUUUCAUUGCUGGGCCAAACACUAGUUCUCCAUGAUGAAUAAAAGAGUGC